AUGCCAACAAAGACACCCACUCAAUCCGACUUCCCACCGCACCUAACCGUCUCGAUCACCUCCCCAAACACCACCACAACAACCACACGCCCACCGCCCAACAUCCUCCUCCUCCUACACGGCAUCGGCGACACCAGUGCCACAUUCAGUACCUUCGGCCGCGCCUCAACCUCCCCGAAACAACCGUGCUCACCCUCCAAGCACCAACACGCCUCCCCUUCGACCUGCCCGGAUUCCACUGGGGUGACGAUAUCUCUCGACGAGGUUAUUCGCGGCGUCCUCGUUCAGAAAUGCGGGUAUAAAUUGCGGGAGAUUAUGAUUCUUGGUUUCGGGCAGGGAGGUAUGGUGGGGCUUGUUUGUGCAAGGGAAUUGGGGGUACAGCCAAGGGUUCAGGAUGUGGGUGAUUCUGGGGCGAAUGAUGGUGGUGGGAUUGGGGGCGACAUUGCGUUGUCGGGAGUUAUCUCCAUUGGAGCGCCGUAUCCGAUUUCGGGGAGUGUGGUUGGUGAGAAGAAUCGGACGCCGGUGUUGCUUGUUGCUGGACGGGAUUCGGAGGUUGUGAGUGAUGGGGCGGUUAGCAGGACGAAGGGAGUUUUUGACUUCGUGGAGGUCACGAGGUAUGCUAGGAGGGGAGAUGGGAUGCCCAAGUCUAGGGAGGAGAUGCUGCCUGUUAUGAGGUUUUUGGCGCGCAGGUUGAGGAGUUGGCAAGGGGUUCCGGAGGGGAGUGUGGAGAUUUCUUAG